AUGAACCCAGUCCUCCGGAGGACAUUUCACCUUGCAAGACGCACCAUGAGCAGUACAGUACCAUCUUUCCCCGUUACUGCCGCUAUUCAACAAAAGCUAACGGACGCACUCCAACCGAUCCAUUUGGACGUUCUCAAUGAAUCGCACAUGCACAAUGUUCCAAAGAAUUCGGAAACACAUUUCAAGGUGGUGGUUGUGGCAGAGGAAUUUGAAACGACAAAAGCUCCACUUCAACGGCACCGGCGUGUCAAUGGAAUCUUGGCCGAGGAACUGGAAGGACCUGUCCAUGCAUUGAGCAUUAUUGCCAAGAGUCCAUCCCAAUGGGCCAAAAGCAAUGCCGUGCCUGCAUCUCCUAGCUGCAAAGGAGGAGACGGAAGUCUACCCAAGAAGUAA